AUGCCAUCCCCUAUCCCUCUUAAUCAUCUCCUACCCCUGGAGUUUUCCCCCUCUGUGGACUUGCGGCCCUGCAGUAGCCCCUUAGUACUCCCUGGAAAAGGUGGAAAACUCUUCUUGGGGGGAACUCCUUCACCGAGGGCUCGUCGGCUGCCUCCACGCCUGGCCUGGUGCUCUAUAGACUGGGAACAAUUGUGCCUACUACAGCCCCUGGGCUCUGGGGGCUUUGGGUCUGUCUACAAGGCCACCUACCAUGGGGAGACAGUGGCUGUGAAACAGGUGAAGAAGUGCAGCAAGAACCGGCUGGCAUCACGGCAAAGUUUCUGGGCUGAGCUGAAUGUGGCCCGCCUACACCAUGACAAUGUGGUACGUGUUGUAGCUGCCAGCACAUGUGCCCCUGCCAGCCAAGACAGCCUGGGCACCAUAAUAAUGGAAUAUGUGGGCUGCACUACCCUGCACCAUGUCAUCUAUGGCACUGGCUGCCUGCAGGGAAAGGGAGAGGAUGAUGGGGGUGGCUGUGGCAGAGAACCUCUAAGCAUAGCGGAGUCCCUGGGUUAUUGCUCUGACAUUGUGACUGGCUUAGCUUUCCUCCACUCACAGUGCAUUGUGCACCUGGACCUGAAGCCUGCUAAUGUGUUCAUCACUGAGCACGGUGUGUGUAAGAUUGGAGACUUCGGGUGCUCCCAAAAGCUGGAGGAUCGUGUGUCUCCAGGUCCCCAGCUUUACCAGCAGGGGGGCACAUAUACCCACCGUGCCCCUGAGCUCCUGAAAGGGGAGCAGGUCACACCCAAAGCAGACAUCUACUCUUUUGCUAUCACCUUAUGGCAAAUGGUUACCCGAGAGCAGCCUUAUUUGGGUGAGCGCCAAUAUGUGCUCUAUGCUGUGGUGGCCUAUAACUUACGUCCGUCUCUGGCUGCUGCAGUCUUCUCCGAGUCAGCCUCGGGCCAAAGACUUGAGACUGUCAUUUGCAGCUGCUGGAGAUCUGAUGCAGAGGAGCGUCCCAGCGCACAACUGCUUCUUCAAAGCCUCCACUCCCUGCAGGAUAGACUGUAG